AUGCUCCGGUUAUUUUUUUUCCUUGCAGCAAAAUUUCAAUUUGGAAUGCUUUUCAGAUUUGUCGUGUUUUUGUGUCUUUCCUCCUCAGUAUUGGCUGGCCUCGGUUUAGAUGCAGUUCAGGUAAAAAAAUUUCUUUGUUUUAAAGAAAGAAUUGAAAGUUAACUUUUAGUAUAUUGCUCCGAAGACGUUCCAAUGUUUGGCGGGUAACGGAUUCUCGUUCUUCGCCGGCAGAUUAUGGCAACGAUACAACUAUGUGGAUAACAAUGGCGUUUUGAACAUUGCCAACGCCAGAAGUGGUCAGUUUUCUUUAUUAUUAACGGAAGAAAUGUUUUUUCAAACCAUCGUAACUAAUAUUUUUCAGCUGGAUUCAAAGAAAUCUACGGCUACAUCUACCCGUGCAUUUCCUCCGAUUGUCCGCCGCCAGAGGGACAAGUUCAGGCAGUUCUCAGGGCUUUGAAGGCCAACGGAGCGAGUUGCGACAAGAUUUUCAUCGACGUCGAGCAGCCUGGAUGGCCAAGCAACUCGACUUUCAACCAAGAUUUCAUCACUCGCAUGGGAAGCGAGCUUGAUGUGAGUUUGGAGGAGAAAAUUUAAAAAAAAAUGCUAGCUCUUGAUUAAAAAAAAAGUCGUCGAAUAUGAUGUUUUCUGUGCACGUACCGCCGACGAAAAUUAACAUACUGCCGACAUUUUUAUAUCUUUUAAAUGGAGAGAUAGUCUUUUUUGAGCUAAAAAAAAGUAAAUAUUUGCUCAAAAUUGAAAACCCUAUCAGAAACAGUAUCGGCUAAGGGAUGAGCAUGGAAAAUUUCAGAAGUUUCUCAAGUUAAAAUUGAAAAUUAUUGUAGCCUUUUUCGUCUCUUUUCGAUCUUGAGAAGAAAAAACGCUUGUAUCCGUUUUGAAUGUUUCUUGUUUUAUUUCAUGAUGUUUUAACAGUGAAAGAAUAUUUUAAACGCCAAGAAAAACUUUCCAACUCGCUUAUUUUCCAGUACCAAGGCGCGGCCUGGGGAAUCUACACGAACGAGGACAACUGGAAGGCCGUCACUGGUGGCAAAUGGACCAAGAUGAAGAAUCAGCCGCUCUGGUGGGCCGAGCCCAACAACAACCAGGUGAAAAAGAAAAAAAAUUUCAAUUUUUCAUAUCAUUUUCUAGGAUUUCAACGGAUAUUAUCCAUUCGGAGGCUGGCGAAUGCCCUACAUGCACCAAUACCAGACCGACUCCUCGUCUUGCGGCGUUUCUCUCGACCGAAUUUGGCACCCUUGA